AUGUCUGAUAACGAGACAGUGGUGCUCGUGACUUCGAGUGUUGGAUUAGGGGUCGUUACGAUACUCUCCAUCCCUGCCGCCCUGAAUCUGAGUAGACUGCGUGGUCGUGGUUCGAAAAGCACGACCGAAAUCUAUGAGGAUAAGGAUGGAAAAAGCACGCCAGAGGCCGUCAAGGCCUUCAGCACCAAGGUGCCCAAGGCCGUGAUGUUGGUUCUCUCGCUAAUCGGUUUUGGUGUGUCGAUAUUACUAGCUGUGAUCUCGACGUUGGGCACGCAAGCCAUAGAAAGUGGCUUGUUUCUAGCAAAUUGGUUGGCCGUUAUAAUCUGGGUCCUUUUAACCUUGCAGGUCAUCUGUGUCGCAGCUAGCCGAGACUCUGUAGCCGCUUACGAUCUAGGCAUUUGGUCUUUCCUCUCAUGUGUCGUCCUCACCGCUGUUCUUACUGUCCAGGAUAACGACGUAGCCGUGCUGCUAUUAGAGCAACAUUCUACUGGGGUAUUUUCUAUACGCGUGGUAGAAUUAGUUGUGGCCGUAUGCUUAGCCGUUGCCAGUUUGUCCAUUCCUCGACGUCCUGAUGUAUACUAUAACGGGCAACUUGUUGACAGGAUGUAUACCAUUUCGGCAUGGAGCAAGCUCAACUGGAGCUGGCCUGGUUACCUCCUUCGCCAAGCCUCCAAGAAGAAUAAUCUUGACCUGGCUGAUCUACCUAGACCAGACCACUAUACAAGGUCCAAGGACACCGCUGCUGAUUGGGAAAGCAGGAAUUUCACCGGCCCGCUUUGGAUUUCUAUCAUUGCUGCUCACAAGUGGGUUUUCGCACUUCAAUGGAUAUUAACUAUUCUCACUGCGUUCCUUAAAGUGGCUCCCCAGUGGGUUGUCCUACAAUUACUUAACUUGUUGGAGCACCGCCAGGGUAAUGAACGCCUCGGUCGUGAAGCCUGGGUCUGGGUUAUCUUGAUUGCUGUAGUUGUCCUUGUUCAAUCAUGGGUUGAAUCGUACAUCUACUGGUUAUCAUGGGCCCAGAUAUGCGUGCCAAUUCGUGCCCAAUUGUCGGCGCUCAUCUUCCAAAAGUCCAUGAGACGUAAGGAUGUUAAAGAAGCUAGUAUCAAGCAGAAGAAGGCCGCCGCCGCCUCAGGAUCGACUGAGCCGACCGUUGCCGGACCGAUAGGAGAGGCUUCUAUUAAUAGACUACAGCUCGAAGACUUUGAAGAAGAGGACGAGGCCGAGCAGAUUAAGAAGAGCAAGCAGAGUACUGUAAAUCUGAUAGGGGUUGAUGCUAAGCGGGUAUCCGAUUUUGCAGCCUUCAAUAACACAUUCCUAGGAAGCCUCUUGAAGCUAAUCGUAUCGCUCCUCUUCCUAGCGGAACUUCUAGGAUGGAAGGCACUUCUUGCGGGCUUCUCAACUAUGUUGGUUGUCACUCCUAUUAACAUCUACUUCUCAAAACGAUAUUCGGACGCCCAGGACCGCUUGAUGAAAGUGCGGGAUGAGAAAAUGGAAGUGGUCUCUGAAGCUCUCCAGGGAAUCCGCCAAAUCAAGUUCUCCGCACUGGAGCCGCAAUGGGAAAAAAAGAUUGGCGAUGUUCGAGAACGGGAAUUAACAUGCGUCUGGAGCGCCUUCGUAAACGACGUCAUGCUUAUUGGAUGUUGGAUUACAAGCCCGAUCAUGCUCGCUGCUGUGUCCCUCGCCGUCUAUGCAGCCCUGUAUGGCGCAUUGUCCCCGUCAGUCGCUUUUGUCAGCCUUGGUGUGUUUAAAGCGCUUGAAGUGACGCUGUCUGUUAUCCCCGAACUCACUACUGACCUUGUUGACGCUUGGAUCUCUGUGAAGCGCAUGGACGCCUAUCUAAGAAGCGCAGAGAUUUCUAAGGUCAUUAAGGAAGCAGAUGAGGUUACGUUUGACAACGCGUCAAUCGCCUGGCCUUCUGAUAACCAGGAAGAUGACGAUGAGGAUCCUGAUCGAUUCGUCUUACGUGAUGUUAAUAUUACCUUCCCUAAGGGCGAACUGUCCGUCAUAUCAGGAAGGACCGGAAGUGGAAAGAGUUUGAUGCUUGCAGCUAUUCUAGGAGAAGUCGACAUCCUGGCCGGAUCUAUCAGCGUGCCUCGAGCCCCAUCCCAGCGUCACGAUCAGAAAGCCAAUAGGGACAAUUGGAUCAUCCCUGGUGCUGUCGCCUUUGUUGCGCAAAUUCCUUGGAUCGAAAAUGCAACUGUGAAGGAAAACAUAUUGUUUGGAUUGCCGUAUGAUGCGUACCGGUAUAAUAAGACAAUCGAAGUCUGUGCCCUAACGAAGGACAUGGAAAUGUUCAGCGAUGGGGAGAAUACAGAGAUCGGAGCCAACGGCAUCAACUUGAGCGGUGGACAGAAAUGGAGAAUCACUCUUGCGCGUGCUAUCUACUCCCGUGCCGGUAUACUCAUUUUGGAUGACAUCUUCAGUGCUGUCGAUGCUCAUGUUGGCCGUCACAUUUUUGAAAAGUGCCUCAAUGGUGAGCUCAGUGUCGGACGAACAAGGAUUCUAGUCACACACCACGUAGCUCUGUGCGAACCAAAGACGAAGUACCUUGUCGAACUGGGAGAUGGCCGAGUGCUGAACGCUGGGCUUGUUUCGGAGCUGGAGCAAACCGGAACUUUGGAACAGAUUAAGAGUCACGAGCAAACAGAUCAGGAGAUCCGGGAGGACGAAGGCUCUACUGCAAUUAACUCAGAAGAGACAUCUGAGACGGAUAUCGAACCUAAUGGGGAGUCUCUAGUCAAGGUUCUCUCGAGGGCACAAGCACGUAAAUUCGUCGAAGAAGAAGCACGCGAAAAGGGAGCAGUCAAGGGAAAAGUAUACGCGGCAUACCUGAAUUACAGCGGUUCCUGGUGGUUUUGGUCCAUGGUCGUCGUCUUGUUCUUAUUCGUCGAAGCACUAACUAUAGGACGUUCGUGGUGGCUACGACUCUGGACCGCAUCGGACGAAGAGCAUCAACAGAACAUCCAAGUGCAAUCACACAAGCAUGCAUCUGCUUACCAGUUUAAUGUACAACAGUUCACCAUGGCCACCAUGAUCCGGCCUAUGGUUACGAUCGAGUCAAGCAAGAGCCUGGUAUAUUACCUCGGCAUAUACGUCUUCCUCUCAACUUUUACUUCCCUUGUCUCGACGUAUCGUUACUAUUAUAUUUUCCAUGGCUCCGUACGCGCUUCAAGGCAGCUCUUUGCUAAGCUCAACUUCGUCGUGCUUCGAGCGCCGCUGCGGUGGUUAGAUACUGUCCCCCUAGGCAGGAUCCUCAACAGGUUCACAGCAGAUUUCCACUCAGUCGACACCCACAUGGCAUACUCAUUGGCAUUUGCAGCCACUGCACUACUCAAUCUCAUCGGUGUUAUCGUCGCGAGCUUGUUUGUCUCACCUGUGAUUAUUAUCUUGGCGUUCUUCCUUCUCCUUGUCUGCGCGUUCUACGCGAUUCGUUAUCUGCAUGGGGCUAGACCAGUAAAGCGGCUCGAAUCUGUCACGAAGUCUCCAGUGUUCGAGCAAUUUGGUUCAGCCUUGACUGGCGUCCAGACUAUCAGAUCAUUCGAUAAGAGCCAGACCUAUAUUGAGCGAAUGUAUACAAAGCUAGACGAUUGGACCGUGGCGACCUGGCAUCUUUGGUUGUUCAUUCGCUGGAUGGGAUGGCGAAUGGCUGUGGUGGGAAGCUUCUUCGCUUCGUUUGUUGCUACCCUCAUUCUCAUAGCCCCGGAGAUAGACGCGGCCCUCGCUGGCUUUGGGUUGGCAUUCGCGCUCGAAUUCUCGGAUCACGUCAUGUGGACCAUCCGCCACUACGCCAACGUCGAGUUGGAAAUGAAUGCCGCGGAGCGAAUUGUUGAGUAUACAGAACUGCCAACGGAAAGUCUCGAGGGUGUAAGCCCUCCAGCAGCCUGGCCGACAGAAGGCUGUGUCGAGGUGGAUAACCUAGUGAUCAGUUACGCAGAAGAUUUACCACCCGUGCUUAAAGGUCUCAGCUUCACUAUCGAGCGCAACCAGCGUGUCGGUGUAGUUGGUCGUACCGGUGCAGGAAAAUCAUCCCUGACCCUCGCGCUCUUCCGUUUCCUCGAGGCGCGAUCAGGAAGUAUUCUCAUUGACGGGCUUGAUAUUUCCAAGAUUAAAUUACAUGACCUACGUAGUAGAUUAGCUAUCAUUCCUCAGGAUCCGGUUCUAUUCAGCGGUACCGUGCGCUCAAACCUCGACCCGUUUGAUAAUCAUACCGAUGCCGAGCUUUUCGACUCGCUAGCGCGUGUGCAUCUUAUCUCCGAGAGCGAAUAUGAGAACAUCAACGGCAAUGGAACGGUAUCGGGUACACCCGGAAUUAGCGGGACAUCCACCCCGGUGUCUAAUAAUAGUGGCCGGAAAAAGAACACUAAUAUCUUCCGGAAUCUGCGCUCGCCCAUAUCAGAGGGUGGUCUUAACCUAUCGCAGGGCCAGCGUCAGCUUCUAUGCCUCGCGAGAGCGAUUGUCUCGCGACCGAAGGUUAUGGUCUUGGACGAGGCGACGAGCGCCGUAGACAUGAGCACAGACGCACUGAUACAGCGCAGUAUCCGCGAGGAAUUUGGCGACAGCACGCUGGUGGUCAUAGCGCACCGCCUGAGCACAAUCGCUGACUUCGACCGCAUUCUCGUACUAAGCGACGGCAAAGUAGCUGAAUACGGCUCACCACAGGAAUUAUGGGAACUAGAGGGCAAUGAGGAAGGUGGUGUGGGUAUGUUCCGCGCCAUGUGCGAGCAGAGCGGCGAGACGGAACAUCUCCGAAAAGUCGUGUUCGGGGAAGCUUAG